UUUCAGCAGCCGGUGACUGAGCAGCGGACAGAGAAGCAGACGGCCACAGAGCGGAAUCACGGUCAUCCUGAACAUUUCUGUUUUUAUUAUCUACAAAAACUGACUGACAGUUCAUCUCACCCGUGUCCCCUCCACGGCCGCGUUUCCCCACGCUAAUGAAACCGACUCAAAUCCAUCACAGAACGACUUGAAACCGCAAAAGUGAACCGAGAUUGGCCGGGUGGACUUUUUUUUCUCUUUCCAUUCCUGCAGCACGUCUGUCCCGUCUCAUUCCCACAGAGCUGCUUUCUGUGAGAUCCAGAGGAGAUUAUCUUCCCGCAUCUCUCUCCCUGUCUGUAGCUGACUCAUAUCUGCUGCUCUCGGGACCAUGGCGGAGUACAGCUCUCUGCUCAGCGACCUGUCUGAAAACAUCACCAACGAAGACUUGGAGCAGCUCAAGUCGGCCUGCAAGGAGGACAUUCCCGAGGACCAGAGCAACAACAUCACUUCCUCCAAGGAGUGGUUCAGCUACCUGGAGAAGAACGACAAGCUGGCCCAAGAUAAUCUGUCGUACAUCGAGCACAUCUUCGAGAUUUCGCGGCGACCGGACCUGCUGACGAGGGUGAUCGAGUACCGCACCACCGUGCUCAAGAUCUCUGAGGAUGACGAGAUCGACACCAAGCUCACACGCAUUCCCUCAGCCAAGAAAUACAAAGAUAUCAUCCGCCAGCCCUCUGAAGAUGAGAUCAUCAAGUUGGCCCCGCCUCCUAAAAAAGUGUGAGAUCGCGACACACAACCCUGAUCUUUGCACCUUGAUUUCUUCAUUCCUGGCACUCCAAUCAACCGACCAACCGUUUAUGACCAACCCCAUCACUCCCCUACUUCACCCUACCCUCACACACACACACAAACACACACACACACACACACACAGACACACACACACACAUCCUCCUUGCACUAACACAGAACCGCGCAGGCAGCCACCAACA